AUGGUGAUGGAGCGGCUGGCGGACUUCGUCAGCAAGUCGCUGGAGGGUGGCGAAGUGCCAGCGCCACCAUCCGAGCCUGGCGAUUCUGAAGACGCCGACGAUGUCGAAGUUGAUAUCACAGACCUUGAAGACAAACCGCCCCCAGCGAAAAGACCUCGGAAUUGGCUUCUGUCGCCGGUUCCUGUGCAGUCUUAUAAGAGGGAAAGUAACGACGACGAUGAUGAUCAUAAGCACGAUAUAACUGACAAGUCUUCGAACGGUAACGGUAACAACAGCGGUAAACAGCGUCGGUCCCGAACGAAUUUCACUUUGGAACAACUAGGCGAACUGGAGAGACUGUUUGAUGAGACGCACUACCCUGACGCCUUCAUGAGGGAGGAGCUCAGUCAAAGACUCGGCCUCAGUGAGGCGAGAGUUCAGGUUUGGUUUCAAAAUCGUCGAGCAAAAUGUCGGAAGCAUGAAAGUCAAAUGCAUAAAGGGCUCCUAAUUAGCGGUGGUGGUACUCCUUUGGAGCCGUGUCGUGUGGCACCUUACGUAUCUGUGCCAAGAUUAUCAGCCGUAGCUCGUCCGCCCCCACCGCCACCUUCGCUACCACCUUUGGCACCACAUCCUCCGCCUUCUGCGGCUUUUGCGCCAUUUGACUCGGCGUUACUCUCGGCUGCAGCUCACCAGUACGCAAGCGCAGCAGCUGCGGCAGCCGCGGCUCUGUGUCCUCCGUACGCGAGUCUGGCGGCGCUGGCUGCGCGGUGCCGGUCCUCCUCCAUAGCAGACCUGCGGCUUAAAGCUCGAAGACACGCAGCGGCGCUCGCAGCCGCUCGUGCGCCCUCGCCGCCUCAAGUCGCGCCCGCUCCUGUCUCGACCCCUACAGAUACAUAACCCAGCUAACCAUUAAAUACAAAAUUACUUUUAUGUUUGA